AUGAAGACGUCCAGUAGACGAGAUUCCGCCGCGGAGACAAUCAGUCCAGCAUCUGCGGUUUCUUCCGAGAGUGCCAAGAGCACCGACCACCUGAUGCGUCAAUUUGACCAGCUCAGUUCACCAAUAGGCGGAGCGUCUAUCCAGUGGCCAAAGUUGAAGAAGGUUCACAAAGAGGCAAACCGUGAAGUGCAAAAGGAGCCACUUCCGUGGCUAAAGAGACCGUUGCGUCGUGUGCAUAAAGAGGAGAACAUAUCGCAGCAAGCCCAGGAACAGAAGGCUGCUGACGUUGAGUCAUGGAGAUCUCAGCUUCGAAAGGUUGCAGCUGCAGAAGCCGAGUUCUCUGAGGGACACAACACACAUCAUUUCGAUCGUAAGCGGCCAGACAGUUGCGUCUCGUGUGGUCACGACGCCCCGUCACCACCGCAUGUUCCCGCCGACGGGGGAAAGAGUGCGUCAAAUGCUGUCAAAGCCUCUCUUGAGGAGAUUGACAGUGCGGAUCAAGUCGCGCAGGAGGAUCAGGCUUACGCAAUGAGACAUAGACGCCUUGAAGAGAUGAAGAAAUCGAUCUCUCAGAGAUCAAGCUCAAGGACCUCGACAACGACGAAGAUUGAAUCCAAGACUGUAAGCCAAGUCUCCCGAACUUUGGAGGCUACUCACUCUACUUCGGAAACAUUCGAAGUCGAAGACGCCAGUGCCAACGGCAGCGCGGAGCCGGUGGAGCGAUUGUCUCGAUCUCUUGACAACGAAGUCGAGGUAUUUAGUCCGCUGCCAAUUAUGCCACCGAACCAUACAUGCUCUUGGAAGGAGAGGUAUCACGACUUGAAAGCGGAGGUGCGGGAGUUGAAGGCGGAGAUCGUUUCUCGAGAACGGAGCGACACGCCUGGGCAUGUGGACGUGGGCGUCAACGUCAGCCAGGAUGAUGACUACGAAUUGGGAGUGGAAGGACUCACCAUUGUCCUGCAUCUCAGAGGCAAAGACGAUUUGAUCAUCAACACGGACUUGACGCAUGCCUCUUCCGGACUUUGA